UUCCAUCAUUCAUCAGUGUUCAAAAAGAAGCAAAAGAGAUUAGAAGCAUGGCAUUUUCUUUGACCCUCAAAUCCUCUUUCCUACUCUUCCUUGUAUCCUCCAUGUUGAUCGUUGACUUUUCAAUAGCUGGUGGAGAAGGAUCUGUUCGCAUACAAGAUUGUGGGAAGGCAUGUGAUUAUCGUUGUUCAAAUACACAAUACAAAAAUAAUUGUCUACUCUUUUGCAACAAGUGCUGCGAAAAAUGUCUAUGCGUACCAUCCGGCACAUAUGGGAACAAGCAAGAAUGCCCAUGCUAUGAUAAUUGGAAGACUAACGAAGGAAAGCCCAAGUGCCCUUAAACUUCUCUGCCCAUAUUUAAACAUUGUAGAACAAUAUAAGAAAGGCACCCUUGUUGCAAUGGAAUAAAUGUGUUGGUUGCAUAUA